AUGGAGCAAGACCACAGCCCCCGGAAGAUCCAGUUCACCGUCCCGCUUCUGGAGCCGCACCUUGACCCCGAGGCGGCCGAGCAGAUCCGGAGGCGCCGCCCCACCCCUGCCACCCUCGUGCUGACCAGUGACCAGUCAUCCCCAGAGGUAGAUGAAGACCGGAUCCCCAACCCACUUCUCAAGUCCACUUUGUCCAUGUCUCCACGGCAACGGAAGAAGGUGACGAGGACCACACCCACAAUGAAAGAGCUCCAGAUGAUGGUUGAACAUCACCUGGGGCAACAGGAGCAGGGAGAGGAGCCUGAAGGAGCCGCUGAGAGCACAGGGACCCAGGAGUCCUGCCCACCCGGGAUCACAGACACAGCAGCGGAGUCACAGCCGGGCACCUCUGGGAAAACACACAAGCCUGCAGAAUCCAUCCCUAACACUCAGGAGAGGGGCAGUGAGAAACCCAGCACAAAGGGACCCUCAAGCCAGUGA